UGAUUUCGAAAAACCGCCAAAAUAGCUCCCAAAAAUCAUUUAACCACUUGGCGAAUGCAUUUAACUUCAACGAAGACCGGCAGCAACUCGACACUCAACUAUAAUACGUCGAGCGUAUCUUCGUCCGCUGCUGCUGUUGCCAACUUGCAAAUAUCCUCGUCCUCGUCGUCCAGCUAUCAUUCCGCAUUAGCGGCUGUAGCCAGCACACCACCUCGUUUGGGUGGUAGCAUCAUUGAAGCAUCAGGUGCUACCACCACCAGCCACAACAACAAUAACAACAACAACAUUUCACCUUCAUCUUCCAGCAGCAACAUGGUGAUUUCUUCAGUAUCACCAGGCUCUGGGACGACCACAUUGCAUCAGCAGCAGCAGCAUCAUCACCACCAUCAUCAUCACCAUCAUCCAUCGCAUCCACAUUCCCACGUACACGCCCACUCCCAUCACCCGCCACACACACACAACCACUCUGUGGUGGCUCAUCAUCCGGCAACGCAUUCGUUGUGGAAUUCCGAAGGUACCGCAUCAAUGGCCUCCGAGACCAUUGUGGCCAGUAGUUCAGCCAGUGUGGGUAGUAAUUCACCCAAUGGAGCGGCUAGUAAUGGUACGGCUAAUAGUAAUGCCAGUAGUACAACAAAUAAUCCAACAACAACAAAUGGCAACACUACCAGCGGCAAUACGGGCAACAGCAACAACAACAGCAACAAUGGUGGUAGUGGUAACAGCAACAAUAAUAGCAACAACAAUGUUUUGCAUCAGGAUCUAGCGUGGCUGGAGAGAUCAAUACUACAUGCCCAUCAACAGUUUCCCAAUGAAUUGGUGCGCACCAGUAACCCCUACUUCCUGUGUUCAACAUUACCCACACAUUGGCGUUCCAAUAAAACCCUGCCAAUUGCCUUUAAAGUUGUGGCCCUUGUGGAUGUGGGCGACGGUACAAAUGUCUACAUUAGAGCGGGCAAUGAUGAGAACUACUGUGCCGAGUUAAGAAACGAGAGAGCAACCAUGAAGGAUCAAGUGGCCAAAUUCAAUGAUCUGCGUUUUGUGGGACGCAGUGGUAGAGGUAAAAGUUUUACCCUCACCAUCACCGUUGAUACAUUUCCACGACAGGUGGCCACCUAUGCCAAAGCCAUUAAAGUAACAGUGGAUGGACCGCGUGAACCCCGCUCCAAAACAAGUCCCCCCGGUCCUACACAUUUUCGUGGCUAUGCCCUCCCACAACGACCGUAUGGUGAUGCUGCAACAUUUUCAAGUCAUUUUCGUGAAAUUCAUCGUGUAACACGCUCCACAGCGGCCGCAGCAGCAGCCGCUACUGCUGCCUCAGUUUCGAAUUCAGCCUCAACACCUACAUCGGGCUCCAGCAGUGGGGUCAGUUCCAUGCCGCAAAUGGGCAGUAGCAAUCACUCACCAACCAGCAGUACAAUUAACUCCGAUUGCCAUGGUUAUAAACCAAAUGCGUCACAUUUACAAGACACCAACAAUCUCAUGGGAGCCGCCGAUUGGACGGGCUGCACCUCAUCUGCCUCGGCUGCCUAUUCGUAUCAUCAUAGCCAUCUCUUGCCACCACCGCCAGCACCACCCUCGGCCACAGCGGCAGCCACCAAUGCUGCCUAUGCCGGCUAUGAGACACUCUCCUCCGAUCCUGCCAAUUUGCAAUUGCCCACUGUCAUUACCGAUAUGCAACCCUUUUGCACACCCAGUGAAUAUCAUCCCAGUGCCAUAGUGCCGCACAUACAGCCGCCCAUGUGCAGUCCCAACUAUACGGGGGGGGCCAAAAAUGAAUAUGAAUCCUAUAAUGCGGCAGCAGCUGCUGGCUAUAGCUCCUACAGCAACUGGUCCAAUGGCUACAACAACUACCAAUACGGCAGUUGUGCGGCACAGCCGCAAUACUCCACGCAUGCUCACACCCCCACCAUGGUGCUGUAUCCACAACUCUUCUCUACCUACAAUCAAAAUGAGAUUCAUUUACAUUUGCAUGGCACCGAUAAAAUCGAACAAUAUUUGGGCGGUGAGAAUGCCUUGACCAUUAGUUCGCUGUCGGGCAAUAGACCCAGCAUAGAAAUUGGCAUAGGCACCUCCGAUCAUGAACAGGAACAAAUGCAAAAUCGUCUAGGCAAUGGCGUAAUGGGCAAUGAUCCUCAUUCCAACCAUGUUGUGGUGUCUGAUGCCAAUAGCCUGGAAGCUGACCAAAGACAAGCGGGUGGCAAUCAUUUAACGGAUCCGGCCACAGAUGUUGGGCCUGUGGUGGGUGCCCCAAAUGGCGCGGUGGAACAACAUCCACAUGCCACCAGAGAGGGCGAGGAGGUGUGGCGCCCCUAUGAACAGGCCCCCUGGCCCCAGUGACAAAAUUGUAAGACUUAUGUACAUAUAGAGCUUAAUUAAGUGUUAA